AUGAAAAUUGACAUCCACACUCACAUUCUACCCAAGGAAUGGCCUGAUCUAGAAAAGAAGUUCGGCUAUGGAGGCUGGGUGCAGCUCCAACAGCAAGGCAAGGGAGAAGCAAAGAUGAUGAAAGAUGGGAAGGUCUUCAGAGUGAUCCAGCAGAACUGCUGGGACCCGGAAGUUCGUGUCAGAGAGAUGGACCGGAAAGGAGUGACCGUUCAAGCUCUUUCCACGGUUCCUGUCAUGUUUAGCUACUGGGCCAAACCUAAAGAUACUUUGGAGCUGUGCCAGUUCUUAAACAAUGACCUAGCUGCCACCGUUGCCAGAUACCCUCGAAGGUUUGUGGGUUUGGGAACGUUGCCUAUGCAAGCCCCAGAACUAGCCGUCGAGGAAAUGGAGCGUUGUGUGAAGGAGCUGGGAUUUCCAGGAGUCCAGAUUGGCUCCCACAUCAACAUGUGGGACCUGAAUGACCCGGAACUCUUCCCUGUCUACACGGCAGCUGAGAAGCUGAACUGUUCUCUGUUUGUGCAUCCCUGGGAUAUGCAGAUGGAUGGACGAAUGGCCAAAUACUGGCUGCCUUGGCUUGUAGGAAUGCCAUCAGAGACCACCAUGGCCAUUUGCUCCAUGAUCAUGGGUGGGGUGUUCGAGAAGUUUCCCAAGCUCAAAGUGUGCUUUGCACAUGGAGGUGGUGCCUUCCCCUUCACAGUAGGGAGAAUCGCCCAUGGAUUCAACAUGCGCCCAGACCUCUGCGCCCAAGACAAUUCAUCUGACCCCAGGAAAUACCUUGGGUCCUUCUACACAGACUCCCUGGUUCAUGAUCCUCGCUCUCUCAAGCUGUUGAUAGAUGUCAUAGGAAAGGAUAAAGUAAUUCUGGGAACUGAUUACCCCUUUCCACUAGGUGAACAGGAGCCUGGGAAGUUGAUAGAGUCCAUGGGAGAAUUCGACGAAGAAACAAAGGAUAAACUCACAGCUGGCAACGCCUUGGCUUUUUUGGGUCUUGAGAGAAAACUAUUUGAAUGUCAAAAUUAACCACAAAAAAUAACCUUCCAAGAAGCUACAUCACCUAUGUCUUUGAGCAUGAGUCACACACACAUCGCCAAAACUAUUUUGAAUUAUGUCACCUAAAAAAUGGAACAUCCCCCUCAGGAGGAUUAGGAAUUCAAGUUCCAGACCAGUCUGGGCUACUUGAAACUGUCUUUGGGGGAGCAGGAAUAUUCCCAAAUAUUCUAACUUAUUAAUAACAAGAUGUUUCAUUAGGUUCUUAUUCUGAAAUGUACUGAAAAGCAGUCCAUUGCUACCUAUGAAACUCAAAACUAUUUAAUUUGGAGGAGAUUAAAAUUAAUGUAUAAUUAAUGAUCUACAUAGAGGAAAAACCCAGCACCAGACUUAUUCUAGAAGACUCAGGUGGGUUCUCUAUUUUGAUCAAAGAAAUGGGAAUUAUGCCCAAAUAAUCUGUGUUCUCCAGAUGUAACCAUCUCCAAUAGUGUGGUCAUUCACUGGGACAUUUUUGUCUUCAUAAACUACACACAGGAUAUGCACAAACUCAACUGUUCCAAAAGCUAGUUAAGAAAGUAAGGCAAAUGCUCAUGGAAUAAUUGCUGAGUGAUCCAAUACAAGCUCAAAGAGACUUCACUAAAAUUUAUUGUAGUCUCCCAGGUCUGAGUAAAAGUAAAAAGAUGGUGGGCUGCGCAUGGUGGUGAAUGCCUCUAAUGCCAGCACUCAGGAGGCAGAGACAGACAACGGAUCUCUGUUUGAGGCUAGCCUGGUCUGUGCAAUAGGCUCUAGACCCUCAACCAAGGAGACAUAGUGAGUCAAAAACAAAUAAGUAAAUAAAUAAACAAACAGAAGAGGGAAGACAGAUCAGAAGAAAAAGCUUUGUGGAAGGGGUAUGACUUCAGAGUGGAUGUACCUUGUUCUAAAGGGAGUUUCACCUGUAAGCUUAUUUUCACCAGAGCGGGAGGUAGACCGAGCUCUGGAUAGUGAGUGGAUGACAUCAUGAUACCCUUGUUCCAGACCCACACUGUUCUACCUGAGUCACUGCACAGGAGCAGGCAGCGUCUCUCCUUCACAUCAAAUACUCUUUCCGUAGCACAUCCUUUCCACUAUACUACAAAGCCAGGCUGGCUAUUAAUGUGCACCUUGUGAUGGCUCUUCAGCAAGGAAAGACAAGAUCUAAUCAAUACCCAGUGCUUCCCGUCCUGUUAUUUUCACCAUCUGUGCUUCAAUACCCCCUUCUUCUGCUGCUCCUCUCAUUGCUUUCGAUAACCCCCAACUAUCACUCUGCUCACAAUUCCAGUCUGCCUUGAAAGAAAAAUAAAGUUAAGCAAAACAACAA